AUGGAGAAACCAGUCGUUUUGGCUCGCGUUAUCCGCGUUUUGGGCCGUACUGGAUCCCAGGGACAAUGUACGCAAGUAAAAGUGGAGUUCAUCGGAGAGCAGAACCGACAAAUCAUCCGCAACGUCAAGGGACCCGUUCGCGAGGGAGAUAUCCUAACCUUGCUGGAGUCUGAACGUGAAGCCAGAAGACUACGAUAAAUUAGGAGUUCCAAAUGUUCUUAAAAUAAGUUGUUGCUGGAGACUUUAUGUGGACAUCAAGUUAUGAAGUUAACAAUUUUGUAUUUAUGGCAGUAAUGGCUUGCAAAUAAAUUUUCUUGCAACAUAAUGAAA